AUUCAUCCCAAGGAAGAGAGAUGCUCUUGGGAUCUUCUUCACUUGGAACACUGCUGCAAGGGACCGGUCAACGCUUCUUCAACUGUGACUGGCUCGGAGGGCAGGUUGUAUGCCUUCCUCCUCUCCUUGGAGACAAGUGCGGUUGCCGACAUGGUGAGUAGAAGGUGAGUAUGAACAUCCUUCCAUGGUGUCAUGAGGAUUUGGGCAUACCGGGGAGUGGGUUUCUUUACCCGUUUCCCUCUGCCCAAUUCUUCCUUCCUCUUUUCAGCUCCACCCAUUUGGGCUACAGCUCCAUUGUUUAGCCCUUGCUCCACUGAGUCUUCAUCAAGUUCCCGUCCGAUGAGAAUAGCGCCUUCCUCAAGUAGGCCUUCAAUUUCUGCUGCUGCCUUGUCAUUGCUUUUUGAAUUGAUCAGCUUCCACGGGUUGGUGUGGUCCGAGCUUGUAGCGUCGUCCACUUCUUCCUCUCCAUCAUGCCCAUGCUGAUUUUCUGCUUCAUCUUGGUCAGCACUCUCUCCAUGGAUCCCACCAGUUCUUUCCUUUUCCUGGUUGCGCUCCCUUUCAUCCUUUGGUUCCUUGGGUGGUGCUGGCUGCUCCGGGACCUCCCACACCCAAUCCACCCCUGCAGUUGGGUAGUCGUCGUAGUCUUCAUCUUCAGUGUAAUCAUUUGCUGCCCCAAUUCCUUCCUUGCCAUUCACAUCCAUCAUCUCCUCAACCGGAGAUGGUGCUGCUGCCGUCGGUUCCUUUGUUGCUCUUUUGUUCUCAGCUGCAGCCCCCGUCUUCCUUCCCUUCCAUUCCAAAUAGGUGUCAAGCUCGUAGAAGGUGACAUCUCUGGUUGCCGUCACCUUGCCUGUCUCCACAUCCCUUAUAAUCCAACCUUUGCUCUCUGGGCAGAUUCCCAAGCACAUUCCCCACUUGGUUCGAGGUAGGAGCUUGUGGUCGGGUCCCGCCGGCUCCCGGUACUGCACCAUGCAGCCCCAUACACGUAAGAACUCCAGGUUUGGCUUGCGCUUGUAGAACGCCUCGUGGGGUGUGAUGUCGGCUACAAGUCCCUUAGUCGGUAGUCGAUUUUUCAGCCAACAUGCCAUGCCGAGUGCGUCACCCCAAUAGUGUAGAGGCAGUCCGCUAUCCGCCAGCAUGAUUCUUACACUUUCCAGUAGAGAUCGGUUCACCCGCUCUGCUAUGCUGUUGUGUUGAGGAGUGUGCGGCACCGUUAGUUGCCGCCGAAUGCCCUUUGACUUCAAGUAGCUCUUGAACUCUUGAUUGAUGAACUCGCCACCAUUGUCCGUCCUUAGUACUUUUAGUUUCCUUCCGCUUUGCCUUUCCGCUUCAGCCUUCCAGUCGAGGAAGCUUGCGAACACUUCAGAUUUGUUCUUGAUCUCCGUCACCCAUGUAUGUCGUGUGCCAAGGUCGGUGAAGGUAACAAAGUACUUGCUGCCAUGUCGGGAAGCCACCCUCAUAGGCCCACAAACGUCGGCAGCCACGAUGUCAAGUAUGUUGUAUGGCUCCCGAACCUCAUGCUUGGGGUGAGAAGUCUUGGUAGCCUUUCCUUCCACGCAGGAGGUGCAACUCAGCUCUUUUUCUGUAUCCUCUGUCACCUUCACUCCCACUGCCAUGUUUUUCUUAAUCAACUCAUUGAUGCGCGUAUGUCCAGCGUGCCCCAGCCUUCGGUGCAGCAGGUUGACGUCCACUGGUGUCACCGUUGCUGCCUUGGGAGGAGCUUGCUGCUUGAGUUCUUUGAUGGGCGUCUUCUCUAGCAUGGUACGAAGCUCGUCCCUUGCUGUCUUCCCUUCCUCCGGUUCAGCAAGGUAUGUAGAUCUUGCACCAUCUUUCUGCUUUUCAUGUAGCUUCAUCUCGUACAGCCCUUGCUUGCGUGCGCCUUCCGCUAGCACCUUCCAGUCAGGGCCGAACACCCAUAGGCGCCCCUUGUCACUGUAGGUCUUGCAUCCGCUGUUGUCCAGCUGUGAUUGACUGAGUAGAUUCAGAGUCAAUCGGUCCACCAGCAACACGCUGUCCAACUUUAACUCUCCAUAUGCCCCUUGUAACACCAUAUCUCCUUCCCCUUUCACUGGAAGCUGCCCUUCAUCUCCCAGCAGCACAUAUGGGACCGUAGAAGCUCUGAAAUCUUGCAACCAACCUUCUUGAUUGGUCAUGUGUUGGGUACAUCCACUGUCCAUGUACCACUCCUGUCCCUUCAGCCCUGUUGCUAGCAGGCACGCUCCAGAAGCACGUGCAACAUUGGCCUUGUGUGCACCUCCAAGAAUCACGUCUUCAUUGCCGUUGUUCGCCUCUGCAACGUUGGCUUUCGCAGGUGAAUGAGGUUUGUACUGCUGCUGUCCACCCCUGUAGUUUUUGCUUGUAGGGUUGGAGUAGCAGUAUAUUGCCUUGUGGCCAUACUUGUGGCAAUAGUUGCACGUUCCAGCAAACCCGCUUCGCAGCCGUUGUCCAUCUCCACUUGCUCCUUCGCUGGUUCCUUGUCCGGUUGCUCCCAUCCCUUUGAAAUUCUUGCUCCUUGGGUUGGAGUAGCAAUCGGCAGCUUUGUGGCCCUUCUUUCCACACUGGAAACAUGGCCCAAAUGUCCUUGUUGUCCCGGUUGCAUUCAGAAGUGCAUGUUUGUCACUGCUGGAAUUUUCAGCCAUGACAUCCUUGCGCUCAUCGUCCGCUCGGAUCAGCUCCAACUGCUGCAAGUCAUCCAAGAGGUCAGUCAAGUCCGUGGGAUGACGGCACGUCAGGGUGCCCUUUUCAGAUGCCCAGUCCCUUGGCAGGCCACUGAUGAUGUAGCUCAUCAUUUGCCUCUCUGUUUCUGGCACGCCCAUGGCUGUCAAAUCGUCGUUGUAGCCUCGUGCUCGAGUCACAUAGUCCACCAUGGUCUCUGAUGGCUCCUUGCGUAGCAAUAGAAGCUUCUUCCUUGUAGCAGCCAUCUUUGCCUCACUCUUCCCCAUGUAUAUUUUUUCCAUGAAGAGCCAUGCGUUCUCUGCUGCAUUUUCUUCUCCAGCAAACUUGUCCAACCCUCCAGCAAUGCCAUCGGAGACUGAGUGACAGAGUUGGAAGAAAGCUUGCAAACACCGUUUCUUGUAUGCCUUCUUCUCUUGUGCUGUUUCAGGUGGAGGACCAUCUUCCUCCGUCGCUGCCGAAGGGUGGAAGAGAUGCCACAGCCCCACCUCCCUUGCGCGCCUCAUGAACUUCAGCCUCCAAGUGCCGUAGUUCGCUCCAUUGAAGCGUUGCGCUUCACUCAGACCAAUCGUCGGUUUGGCCACCACAUGCCCUUGAGCAAGAGCAUCCAGGAGACUCUGCAUUUGAGAGCUGCCAGGGUUCACGGAUGACCCUGAACUAGCCUCAGCAUCUCCAUUCCCCAUGGCUCCAACUCUCCCUUUGCCUCUGCAAGGCACUUAGGACCUCCACAGCUCCAACGCCCUUAUAGUGAGGCGUAAUGUGACUAUAACGAGGCUCUGAUACCAGCUAUAGGAUCGCAAGCGCCUCCGGCUGACGUUUGAGAGACUUAGUUGACGUAGAAAGUUUCAUCAGUUUCUAGGGGAGAAUUUGCACUGAAAAUGAGUUGUGUUUGAACAAGAAACAAACAAGCAUUUAUAAGCAGGCAGAAAGCUUGCGCGGUUUUCUUCUACCGAUUUCUUCAAUUUCUUCCUUGCUGAUUUUCCUAGCUCCACCGCUGUUCCGCCACUUCCGCCGCUGCAGUUAGGAUUCCCGUUUUUCUUCCCGUCGUCAUUCUUUCCCUUGUCAUCCGCCUUGCUAUUUCAACAUCACUUUCCUUGGAACGAGAUGGGCGGUCCUCACACCGUCCUAGCAUCGCCGCAUCCUCGUUAGGCAUAGGAAUAGGACG